AUGGCUCCCGCUGUGUUGCGUUCCGCUGUGUUGGUGCUAGCCGUGGUGGUGGUGGCCAGUGCGACGCCGGCCGAGGACUACCAGAGCCAGGGGCUGCGGGCCGCCCUCCGUGUGUACGACGAGUGCUCCCGGGCGGACGGUGGCUUCGGGCCGUGCCUGAAGAAGCGUGCGAUCACCUUCAUCGAUCGGCUGUCGCGCGUCGACACGCUCAGCGUGGGCGACUUGCGGAUCGUGCGCAACGAGCGGUCGGCGGUGGCGACCGACCCGGCCACCAAACCGAUCCUGACCGAGGCCGAGCUGGAGCAGUCGCUGCCCCGCGGUCUGGAGGCCCGCGACGAAGCCCUCACCAACAUGCUGCUCGAGAAGGUCGCCGGCGUCUUCAGCAGCCGCACCGUCCAGGUGACGCUGCCGAAGCUGUCCAGCGAGGAGCUCGGCCGCGGACUAGAAGAAGGCCGCGGCAAGAUGAAGAAGAUGAUGAGCAUGAUGAUCAUGGGCUUCAUGAUGAAGAUGGCCGCCAUGGUGCCGGUGGCGAUCGCCGGCCUCUACCUGCUCGCCGGCAAGGCGCUCAUCGUGUCGAAGAUCGCGCUCCUGCUGGCCGGGAUCAUCGGGCUGAAGAAGCUGGUCGCCAGCAAGCAGCAGUCGCACGGUAGCGGCUGGUCGAGCGGCGGCUCCGGCCACGGCGGCUGGGACCGGCGGUCGGCCGACGCGGCCCAGAACCUGGCCUACGCCGCGUACGCCAAGAACCAGGCCUAA